AUGAAUAAAGAAGUGGUUGUAACUGAUGGCUGCUCUGGUAAAGUUACCGACUCAUGUGGUUACGACGAAGCGGUGGAAUUAGCUGGGCAUGGCCGGUACAACUACACACUGUUGGGAGUGGGUAGUAUUAUCGUUGUUGCGGUGGCCAUAGACAUGUUUGGGUACAGCGUGGUAGUGGCCGCUUCUAGCUGUGAUCUCGGCGUAGGGCUCAAGGAGACCGGUUUGCUUGCAUCGGCGCCUUUUGCUGGAUUGCUUUUUGCUUUUCCCUGGGGCUUCUACGCGGACACAAGAGGACGAAGGAAGGCUUUACUGAUCUCCACGUCGUUCGGUUUCCUGUUUGCGGCUUUAAGUAGUCUGUCAAUGAAUUGGCAGUUUAUGUUUGCCUCUAAGCUAUUUGGAUGCGGUUUUUCCACGGCAAGUUUCACAUUGGUAAUCACCCUGCUCGGCGAAUGCACCGGCUCAAGUCACAGAAACGUUUAUCUCUUCAUGUUGAACAGCGUGAAUUUAUCAUCAGAAAUUAUUUCAUUCAGCUUAGCGUACUUAAUCCUUCCACUGAGCUUUCAGCUGGAAGUUCCGUGGUUGGGCAUCACUUACCGACCAUGGCGGUUGUACACUUUCAUCAUGGCUUUACCACUGGGUAUAGGAGCUUUGUUGAUGCUCUUUAUGCACGAGAGCCCUAAGUUUUUGGCGAAUAAAGGGGAACUGGAUAAAGCUUUGGAAGUCUUGAAGAAGAUUUAUGCUGCUAACGGAGGAAAAAGAGAAGACUAUCCGGUGAAACAUAUAAUAACGGAAGAAUUAACUACAGAGAAGAAUACAUUCUGGAAAACGCUUAGGGAACAAACCGUGCCGAUAUUCAAACCACCAUUGUUGUUGCGGACGGUCCAGCUGUUUUAUUUGAUGGCACUGUGCUGUAGUAUAAACAACGUUUUCUUCAUGUGGUUCCCGACAAUGGUGAAUAUAUUCUUCAACACGUUAUCUGAUGUCUGGACCAACGAUCAGACGUUCUGCGAACGAGUUUUCUCAAAUAAAACUUCAAACUACACUGACACUGUUAUUUGCAACGACGAAAUCUCCCACAACACCAUCUAUUCUGGUAUUUUUUACGGUUUCUUCUUCUGCGUGGUGACAGCCAUCGUGGCUCAAGGAGCUUCUAGAAGACGAAUGCUCCUAAUCGGGAUCCUGAUCGUAUCCGGAGUCAGCUGCAUCCUAGUGGAACUCAAACAUCCCAUCGCUAAUAUAAUUUUCUUUAUUUUGAUGCAGUCCACGGCAAUAGGAAUCGGAAAUGUGUGUUCUUAUUUUGUUGACGUAUAUCCUACUUCUUAUAGAGGCCUCGCGACAAGCUUAGGAAUGAUGACAGCACGGCUCGUCUCGUUCGCCGGAGUGAAUAUCAUCGGAAACGUCAUUACUGACUAUUGUACGCCCACUUUCUACAUUUCUGCCGCUUUCGUAUUCAGCGGCGUGAUCGUGUGUUUCUUUUUACCGGCAGACAGAAAAACUAACGAAUGA